CGAAGCUUUUACUUGGAUUAACAGUAAACAUACUUAUCAGUGACGAGUCGAACGCGGAGAAGAGAGAGAAAAAUAUAGCAUCUUUAUCCCCGUUUGCUUUGCUUUGCUUCCCCCGCUGUCUUAUGGCGACGCGACCACCUCGGCCGGCGGAACUCCUGUUGUUACUGCCAUUACUUCUCCUCCUGCCGUCGGCGCUCUCUGAUCCGGACGACGAGGCGUGCCUCUCCAACCUGCGUAGCUCCCUGACGGACCCGACCGGCAGCCUCCGGAACUGGACGGCCGCCACCUUCGCUGCCCCCUGCAACGGCUUCACCUCCUACCUCGAGGGGGUUACCUGCAACAACGGCCGCGUCUACAAGCUCUCCCUGACGGGCCUCUCCCUCGGCGGCGCCCUCUCCCCGUCCCUCGCCAACUGCACCAACCUUCAGUCCCUCGACCUCUCCUCCAACGCCCUCUCAGGUCCCAUCCCCUCGGAGCUCUCCUCCCUCCUCAACCUCGCCGUCCUCAACCUCUCCUCCAACCGCCUCUCCGGCCCCAUUCCCCCCGAGCUCGCGCUCUGCGCCUACCUCAACGUCCUCGACCUCCACGCCAACAUCCUCACGGGGCUCAUACCCGACCAGCUCGGCCUCCUCGGCCGCCUCUCCGCCUUCGACGUCUCCUACAACCGCCUCGAGGGUCCCAUACCUGCGCUGCUAGCCAACCGGACGGCGGUGGCGGGAGCCGCCGCCGCCGCCGCCGCGCUGCCCAGGUUCAACGCCAGCUCCUUCGACGGGAACAGGGACCUGUACGGGUACCCCCUGCCGCCGAAGCGCGGGGCUGGCCUGUCGGUGCUCGCCAUCGUCGGGAUUGGCCUCGGCAGUGGGCUUCUCAGCUUGGUGCUCAGUUUUACCGCUGUCUGUAUCUGGCUUCGGGUCACGGAGCAGACCGCACUGAUGUCCGGCGAGGAGGGGAAGAUCUCUCACCUCAUGCCCGACUACUGAUCGCUUCUCCCUUCCUCGAUCCAUCGUCUCCCCAUUGUUCUCUCCUUUCCCUGAGAGUAAAUACUGUUCCUUUCCGUUCUUGUUUCCUUUUGCCUUUGACCCUGCUAUGAAUCACGGUAGCAAUCUGUGUCGUUCAAGAAACGGAUUAGGAUUUGAUAGAUCCAGAUGUAUAAUCACAGCUGAUGAGAGAAAAAAGGAACAAAUCUAAUCGAGUUGGUUUGA